AUGGAGGCCACUCUUCUUGCCCAGAUUGAUGAAGCUUGCUACCGCUUGUACAAUCCUCGAGGCCCAAAUGAUCGACUUGCUGCUGAACAAGUCUUGUCGCCUCUCUUCCCUACUUUUGCUGAAUCUACCUUCGGAACCGUAUCGAAUGCAAACCCAUCUGUACCUACAAGCCCAUACGAAACUGUCAUACAUUGUGAAAUGGUCUUGGAUCAAUCCUCCUCGCCAUACGCUCACACUUUCGUGACGGGUCAUCUCAAGACGCUCGUGGCUGGUCACUUUGCUCUCUUUACUCCGUCACAGAAGAUUGAGCUGAGAAACUUUGUAUUGAACUUCCUGGGUCGAAAUGUCAAUAUUCCUCAAUUUGUGGAGACAAGUCUAGCACAGCUAUUCUGUAUUGUUACGAAAUUGGGAUGGUUUAAUGAUGAAGUCUUUCGAGAGGCUCUCAGUGAUGUUUCUAGAUUUAGUACAGCUUCAUCACACCAUCAAAUCAUUGGUGUCCAGAUAUUGGGCUUGCUGGUGGCAGAGAUGAAUCAACCGUCAUCAACAAAAAACAUGACACGGCAUCGAAAAACAGCCGUCAAUUUUCGUGAUACGCAAUUGAUGAACAUAUUCCAGAUAUCCCUGACUGUGCUGAAACAGUUGGUUACCAAACAGAUUCGAAUAGAAAAACUGGCCGAUGAAUCAAGGAUGCAGGAAGCAGUAUUGACUUUGAUGAGGAAUUGUUUACAAUUUGAUUUCAUUGGAACGAAUCCUGAUGAAUCGUCUGAUGACGUUGGAAGCAUACAACUCCCAGCACAAUGGCAACCACUGAUAUGUGAUGGCGAUACUCUCCAAACGAUAUACGAUGCAUAUAAAUCAUUCCCAUCACCACAAUCGAGUAUUGCUAUGGAAUGUCUAUCCAUGCUUUCGUCAACAAGGCGAUCCAUAUUCUCUGACGAAAACAGAGCCAAGUUCUUGUCGUGGGUGUUGGAUGCUACAGGUGAUACUUUAAGGACUCAGGUUGGAUUGGGGGAUGCCAACAAUUAUCAUGAAUUCUGUCGAAUGCUCGCUCGCUUGAAAAUGGUGCAUCAGCUGGCGGAGCUGGCAGACAAACCGCAGUUUCCAGAUUGGAUUGAAAUGGUGACAAGAUUCACAAUCAAGAGUUUUGAACCAGCUAAUUGGAGGACACAUAGUGUUCUCUAUUUGAUGCAGUUCUGGGCUCGCAUGGUCGCCACAUUUCCAAGCACUGGUAGUGGGCAGAAACAGAUGCCAUACGAAAAAUUAGAGAAUAUGACACUUGAGGUGACGAAAGGCUUCAUUGAGUCCAGGAUACAAUCUGUCGAUGCUGGAGUCGAAGAUGAUGGAGGCUUAUUUUCGGGUGAUGAAGGCUCCCUAUCAUCAAUCCUCGAACAUUUAGCUAAUAUGGCGAGAUUAAGAUACGAAGAUUCAAGUGCUUUCAUUGGCAAUGUUUUUGAAGCACUAGCGAGAGAAUAUCAAGAUGCCAUAAAGAUUGCUUCAAGUGGAAUAGUUUCAAAAGAAGUCAAGGCUAGAUUAGAUACAGUAGAAGCGAAAUUUACAUGGUGUGUACAUAUAAUGGGAGCAUGUAUAUGUGCGAGGACGCCGUAUCAGAGUGCAGAAGAGCACGAUUUCAUUGAUGGAGGCAAGCUCAUUGCGAUAUUUCAACUCAUGAACGUCAAUCAAACAUGGGUUGGACAAAGCGGAGCUGCCUUUGGAAACGAGAAGCUGGAUUUGAGCUUUGUUUAUUUCUUCCAGCAAUUCAGAAAGAGUUAUAUAUCACUUGGAGAGAGUGUACAGCGACAGUCCAAAGUGUACCAAAGGCUUCAAGAAGUAUUCAAUUUGGGAGAUCAGAACUCCGUGUUGAAUGUGAUUGUUCAGAAGCUAGGACACAAUCUUAGAUUCUGGGCUCAUAGCCAGGGCAUUAUCAAGGGCACCUUGGAGUUGUUGCAGGACUUGGCUAGUGGAUAUAGUAGUGUCAAGCUCCUACGCAAGGCAGAAACCACCCAACUCAUCCUUGCCAACCACAACUCUGACAAUUUCCCAUUCUUGAACGUCCCUGCAAACUUUCCAUCGCGUGUGCUAUACUACUCAGCGUUGUGUCGGCUCCUGUUUGCAUCUGACGAUGAUCAGGACGUACAAUUCUUUGAGUUUGUGAGUCCCUGGACGAGAAGAUUCGAUGAAUUCUUACCAAUUAUCGAUAUAUCUGUGUAUAAUCAACCACAGUGUAGGACAAUGCUUGAAGGUCUCUUCAGAGAUUUACGAGGCUUCGUCAGUGCCUGCAGCACAAAACGCCAAUAUAUGCUAUUUUUCGACUGGUUUUAUCCCUACUCUCCCGUGCUGAUUCGAGGACUUGAAGCCAACUAUGACCACCCUUGUGCACAAGCCAUUCUCAAAUUCUUUAAUGAAUUUGUGCAAAACAAGAGUCAGCGGUUGAACUUUGAUAUAUCAUCGCCAAAUGGGAUACUCUUGUUUCGUGAAACUAGUCGAGUGAUUUCUACUUAUGGUCGAUUGGCACUUUCACGAACUGUUAUGGAUGAUAAUGCCAAAUGGACUCAAAAGUAUAAGGGAUUCACGAUGUGUUUCAACAUCAUACGGUGGUCGUUAUCAGGCAAAUACGUCAACUUUGGAGUCUUUGGCUUGUAUGACGAUCCUGCAUUGAGAGAUACCCUCGACGUCAUCUUCCAACUCAUGUUGUCUACACCACAAUCUGAUUUGUUACAAUAUCCUAAACUUGCUGUUGCAUUCUUUGCAUUCCUGGACAUAUUCUCAUCCGAACAAUUGCAAAGUCUAACCGACUUGCCAGCACCUGCAUUUACAUACAUAUUACGAGCAUCAGCAGAAGGAUUACGUUCACUCGACACGAUGAUAUCGUCGCAAGCAUGCUCAACUAUAGACCAUAUUGCCUCGUAUGUAUUCAAGCAAACUGUCACUGGCAAACCAUCGAAUCAUUUCUUGGUGCAACGAGCACAAGAAAUACCAAGCAUGUUCCCACACUUGUUGAUGAAGUUGUUGGAAGUGGUAUUGUUUGAGGAUUCGCCGAAUCAAUGGAGUUUGAGUAGGCCUUUGUUGCCUUUAAUAUUGUUGCAAAAGGAGCAUUUUAAUUACUAUACUGCUCAAUUGGUGUUAAGUCAGCUACCAGAGCGUCAAGAGAUCUUGAGCAAGGCACUACAACAACUGAUGGAAGGGGUCGAAUUCAACCUUUUACCCAAAAACCGUGAUCGAUUCACUCAACAAUUACUCAACUUUCGUCGGGAAAUGUCGAAUAAUUUCGUUGUUCUGCUGUCUCUACCGCAGAACGGGAAUCUCCAAUUCUAG